GUUAACAGGUAAAACCUCCACCACUUAACGGAGGAAGCGACGUCAGUGACUCUGGGGUUUAAAACACCUGUGCUAUUUCCUACUACAGUUCUACACCAAUAUUAAGACAUGGAGCGUCACCCUUUCUCUAUUGAAAACAUUUUAAAGGACACACGAGGUAGUAGUAGCAUCCUUAAGGUUGCACCGACUUCUGAAGCCUUGGCACUGGCAGAGAGGAUGGCAGAUAUUAUAUUAAAGGUCAGCUGUAUGGAAGGACGGAAAAUUCGGCGUACAAGAACCACAUUCAACCAGUUCCAACUUGAAACUCUCGAGAGGACAUUUGCAAGAACUCAUUAUCCAGACUUGAUGCUAAGGGAGCAGUUGGCAGCUUACACAAGUUUGCCUGAAUCACGUAUCCAGGUGUGGUUUAAAAAUCGUCGGGCCAAGUAUCGCAAACUUAAAGGAUCUAAAGAAACAGGUGACCUGGAAAGUAAGGAUGACCAAGAAACGAAAAAGAAGAAAAAUGCGGAUGAUGAUGAUCUUCAGGAUGUUGAAGGUUCACCUGUUGGGGAUGAAGCCCAUUCUUAUCACCAAAAUAAGCGGCUAAAAGUUGAUCGAGAUCUAGAAGACAGUAAUAUCGCAGUUCCUACACGUCCAGUUCCUCUGAGCUCUGGGUAUGUGUCAUCGCCUUUCUCUUCGAGGUCUUUUCCGUUUGACCCAAGGCUGCUAUCAGGAUAUGGUUAUACUUAUGUGCCUGAGUGGGUCUAUUACGACUCGGUAAACAACUGCCAGCCGCGUCCAGUUAAUGUACAACAGCUGUAUCCCAACAUAGGAGUUAUUCACUGAGUUUAUGCGAAAGGCUUUGGUGUAAAAUGUAAUCAUUAUUUAUCUUUUCAAAGAAACAACAUUCUAGGAAUACGAUGAGAGACUCACGGCUUACGGAGCCAUAAUGUGGUGCAAACAGCGCAGACUACAGCUUCUCUCGCAUCAUCAAUGUAAUUUAUUGCGUCAUGUCUGUAAUUUUUUUAGGAAUAUAGAAAGUUCUGUUGUCAGGGCAAAACAUCUAGAGGAGGUGACGGAAAAACGCGUUCAAAAAUCAUCUGUUUGGUAAAACUUAAAGCAAAUGUAAAUACUAAAUAUGUAUACACUUAUGCAGAACAAAUUUGAUAAUAGUCAUACUUAUUUAUAAACAUCUGUAAUAUACUUGUAUUUAAGCCGUUUCCUAAGUUUGUACCAUUUCACUAUUUGAAACUGCUAUGUUCAACUGCGUUUGAAUUGAGACUAUGUUGGCAAUAAAAAGGAAUU